AUGGCCUCCGUCUCAACCAAAACCGCUACUCCCGUCAUGCCUCCAGCUUUCUUCCCGCAAGAUAUCUCCCGCGCUAUGAUGACAGCCUCAAGCCAAAAGCCAGAAAAGACCCGCUCCACCCUCGUGGACGGUAUGCCUCCUGCACCUCCUCCUUCGCCUGUCGCUUUUGCCAAGGGGAGUAAGAAAGGGUCUUUUGCCGAUAUUCCCAGUUUGAGUCUGGAGUAG